AUGGAGGCUCUCCCGGUUCUCGGCGACGAUUCCUGGUAUCCUCGUCGUGUCGGGUUUCCCAUGAAGCAGCACGUGGGUGGCGAUGACAGCGUGCGGAAACUGAAGGCGGAGGAGCAGAAACGGCGCCCAGCGGCCACCGGGGCGGCAGUAAUGGCCGCCGGUAAAGGCAACCACCCUUCGGUGAACGGGCAGAACCACACGGAAGAGAUGGAGGUGGAUGUGGAAGACAAAUCCAGAGGCAGCGCGACGCCCGUGUCGUGCAAUGGUGACGUGGACGACGGUGACGCUGCUUCUUCCCGGGGUACGAGCCCGCCAGCGACGAGAAUCGAGCAAACGGACGUUUCCAGCGUGGCGACCCCGACUACCGGAAGCGACGAGAACGGCGAGAGCGAGCCCGUGGACAGCGCCGACAGCGGCAGCAAAGGUUCGAAGGUGAGCGAUGCGAAGGAAACCCUUGUUGCACACACCCGUGCCGGCGUGGAGGUGAGGGAGAAGUCUCCGUGUUCUCCACGCGUGAACGGGAACGUGAUCGAGCCGGAAGUGUCCAUCGAGAUUGUCUCCGUUGCUAGCGGUGGCGCCGUGUCGGCAAAACAAUCCCCCGCUGCUGUCGACACUCCUAUCGACAAUGCUGCCGCCGCAGCCGACGAUGACGACGAUGAGCCGCCUGCACUGGUGGUGGACGAAGGCGACGCCGCAGAGCCGCAAAAGCCGACGAAUACUGCGUCGUCGGAUGAUCGGAAGCUAGUGACGUCACCUACGCCCGAUGUCAAGAUAGUUCAGAUUCGAGGAGCGACUGAUGGUUUGACAGGCACGAAGCGAUCGAUUUCCCCGACCGUGUCAGUGACGAAGAAAAUCAAGGUCUCGGAAAAUUCUGAUGCCAGCAGCAAUGGUCCGCCGGAACGCCUGCCCAACAUUAAAGAUAUGGAUCAGCUGGAGAAAAUGCUGCUAUCUGUGCGCAGGGAUAUUCGUUCGCUCGAUACUCAGGUCAAGGAGAAGGAGCGCGAGUGGAAUCACCUCAUCGUGCAAAAGAAGAAGAUGGAAGAGUAUUACGUUCGUCUCAAACGGAAACGGGAAGUGGAGACACUGGAACUGACCGGAAGUUUGUCCACGACCCCCACGGUUGCCCCAGUCGUCACAUCUAUCUCUAAAGUGGAGAAAUCAGACAACACUGUCAGCAUCGUCGCCGGCAUGUCUGGAGGAAAGGUGAAAACGCAGGAAACAUCCAUGGUCACUCCUCGUGCCAUGACCAUCACACCGGAUAUGCUGUACGGUGGGGCAAAGGGAAAACCCGGCUCAAUGGCGGCUGUGGCGCAAUCAGCUGCCGCGGCGGCAGCCAAAAGUCACUCGGGGCGACGAUGGCGUCCGACGACGACGCAGCAACAGCAGCAGCAGCAGCAAACGACAACAUCUCCGGUUGUCGUCACAUCCGGCAAGAGUACUGCGUCGCAGCAGGAGAUCAUGAAGAUGUAUUCUGAGAUCGUGCGACAACAGCACAAUUCGUACCAGCAAGCGGAGAAACUGCAGCAAGCGUUGACUGGACGAUUAGCCGCUUUGACGCCGCAGCCUUCACAGUUGCAGCAGGCUUUAGGGCUGGGGUCUGCAGAGCAGGCGGCGGCCGCUGCGGUUGCUGCGGCGACAGCUGCCGCCGCUGCGGCGUCUAGAAGGGGUGUUUCUGUCAGGCCCGGUCAAGAUACGCCCACGACGGCGGCUUUGACCUCGUUGCUUGAGGCCUCCCGUCAGUCGUCGGAGAGGUCAAGCUCUAAAUCAGGAAAAUCGAACAUCAGCGGUGGCACCGUCUCAAUAAGCGCGACGAACAACGAGAAAAACAAGAGCAAGGACACGGGCAAGAAUGCAGACGUGCCUCCGACGUGCCAUGGUUGCAAGCAGCGAAUAGCGCAGUUCGUUUGUGCCGGGUGCAACUCUCAGUGGUAUUGUUCUCGAGAAUGCCAGAUCAGGGAUUGGGACGAGCAUGCCGAGCAUUGUACUGCUUGAGCCUCAAAGCAAAACGUCGGCGUGGAUCUUUUCUUUUGUGCGUCACGUUCACUCAAAAGUUUUUUUUUUUUUUUGCGGGCCGUUGUGUCAUUGUUCUCCCGUUUUCAACGUUUGAAAGCUGGCGCCGCAAAAAUAUUUGCACCUUCUUUUUCAGCAGCUUUCUUCUUGUACGUUUACCUUCCGUUUCCAUCUUUGGUUUAAAGUUUGAGCUUAUUGCCUCUUUCGGAAAAGGAGAAAAAACCCGUGAUUUCGAGAUUUUCAUCAUGCAAGCGUUUUGAUUUUGAUUGAUACGCUCCAUCGUAAAGAUGAAGUUGCCAAAGUUGUUCUUAUUUUUACCCUCAUUGGCUCCGGAAUUAUCGGAAUUCUUGACUUCCGACCGUGUGGAUUGAAUGCUUUUUUGUCAUAUGAGGGUAAUUAUUUCGCCAGGUUCAUCUUCGCUUAGGAGUCAAGGCAGAGGCGUUGCGUGACUAUUUGUGCUGCUGUGGAAACAAGCGCGAGGAAGUAUCGAAGGGAGAAUAAAAGAUUUUUGUGCUUUCUUA